AUGAUGGAUGAGAAGGACAGGCAGUACAAGGAGAAGAUGGCAGAUGAAGGUGGAAGCAGUAAAGAACACAAUUUUGUUGUGGGGGAUCAUGUCCUGCUAAGACAAAGAAAGAGGAACACAUGGUCAACCCCAUAAGAGCCUGUAUUCUACACAGUGAUUAAAAUCAGUGGAUCUGCUACUACGGCGCGACGUAUUACAGAUGGCCGAGAGGUUCAGCGAGAUGCUAGUCAGUUCAAACUUGCAAAUGUCCUUAUGUACCAGGAGAAUGUAGACGAGAGCGGUCAGAGUGAAGAUUGGAGAGAGACACUUUUGAUGGGUGCCGGUGACAUGAAAGAUCAACCCAUUUACCAAAAGGAUGUUGAGCAGGAGAAUUUCCUGGAACUACCUGCACGAGGAGCCACAAGAGGUGAUAUUUUUGCACGGCAUCUGGCGGCACAUCAAAGAAUUUGGAAUUGAAGGGCAAAUUCCUAGAAUAUCUUCGCCAAUUAAGCUAGAGAAAAGGUGUUAAAAAACCUCAGGAUCCAAAACAACACGUCAAUCAAAAUAUCACUUGGACCUUUUCGCUAAUGAAGAGCUAUCACGCGGCUAAGCUUGAAUUAGACAUAUAUUGAAAUAGGAACUCGUGUCAAUAAAGUAUCUUAAGUGAGUGGGAAUCGCUCCUAGUUAAAAAAGUGGUUUACGGGGAUAUGCAUCUCUUCUAGUUAAGAGAAGGGAAUCAGAACUGCUUUUCAUGCAGGAACAGGUUUUCUUCGGGCUAACUACAAAACUUCAGCUUAUUUCACUCCUUGACAUUGUCAAAGCGCAUUUUGUACAGAUAACUUUUUCCGCUUUAUCAGCUUUUUUUAUAUUAUAUUCCAGUAAUGUUUAACCUCCCUCAAAAAGCCAAAUAAUAUAAAUGCUGUUGUUAAAAAAAGCGUUUUACCUGUUUUCGUGAAUUCGCUACCCAAAGAUCACUAUGCUCAAAGGACAGGGCAAAAUUUCCAGGAGAGAGGCAUUAAUAUUUUUCCCACGAGAUUACAAAGAGAAAAUGCAAUGAUUAUUAUUGUAACCAUCCGGUAUACUCUACCCACGAGGUUACGGACAGCAAAUGCAGCGAUUAUUUUUAAUGUAACCAUCAGGUAUGUUCUACCCACGAGGUCACAAAGAGAAAAUUCAAUGAUUAUUAUUAACGUAACCUUCAGGUAUGUUCUACCCACGAGGUUACAGAGAGCAAAUGCAGUGAUUAAUAUUAUUAUUAAAUGUAACCGUCAGGUACAUUCUACUCACGAGGUUACAAAGGGAAAAUGCAAUGAUUAUUAUUAACGUAACCUUCAGGUAUGUUCUACCCACGAGGUUACAGAGAGCAAAUGCAGUGAUUAUUAUUAAAUGUAACCGUCAGGUAUAUUCUACCCACGAGGUUACGGAGAGCAAAUGCAGUGAUAUUAUUAAUGUAACCAUCAGGUAUGUUCUACCCACGAGGUUACAAAGAGAAAGUGCAAUUAUUAUUAACGUAACCUUCAGGUAUGUUCUACCCACGAGGUUACAGAGAGCAAAAGCAGUGAUUAUUAUUUUAAAUGUAACCAUCAGGUAUAUUCUACCCACGAGGUUACAAAGAGAAAAUGCAAUGAUUAUCAUUAACGUAACCUUCGGGUAUGUUCUACCCACGAGGUUACAGAGAGCAAAUGCAGUGAUUAUUAUUAAUGUAACCAUCGGGUAUGUUCUACCCACGAGGUUACAGAGAGCAUUCAAAUGCAGUAACAAUUAUUAGAUUUUAGUGCAACUAUCAGGUUGAGUUCCUCCAUUAAAAGAGUUUUUUGCUAGGGUUAAACAAGUUUGGCUUUCGUGAGUUUCAAGGUGCAAGAAAUUAUCAGUAUAAUUAUAGCACACAAACAUUGUCAUCUAAGUUUUCGCACGUAGCCGGAAUAAGCCAAGAAAUGAAGCAUAUAUAACGAAAAAUCGUCCUCAGAUGAUCUCCAUAUUAAGUAAAUGAUACUAAACGUUGCGAAAGAAAUUAUUGUUUGUAUCCGUCCUAUCCAUCGUAAAAGCGAGGGGUCAUCGCAUGACAUCCGGUAUAUUAAACAGAGGUAAUACUCACGGGUUUCACGAGUUGUAUGCACUAUUUUUCGCCGAGAAACAAAUUUAAACUUCAAUUCUUACCUUACAGUAGUCCGUUCUUUUACCUUGCAUUCGACAACAAAUCUGUUAAAGGCGAACAAAGCGAUUCCGGCACUCUUCUUUAUGAUGAGUAGCAAGCCGCAGGAACUGAAGCCGCUCGACUGAAGUAAAAUCCACUGAUAUGCGCGGCAUUCUCACUACAAAUAUAAACAAACGUCGCGGAGAAAAAAAGACGAGGAGGAAAAAAUGCCAGAUCUUCGCCUCGGCAAUGUAUUCCAGCUACCAUGCCGGCGUAUCUCUAGAAGGUGGACUCGACGUGGGACAAACCUUGUGAUCUUUUUUUAGAAGCCCUUUGCGCGCAAACUAAUUUAUUCUGGCGCGAAAUGAAGAUUAACAAUAUGUAUACUGAAAUCUAAUCCACGACAAGAAGAUUUUCUCACUGUAGCGCGACAUAUUGAAUGCCUAUUUUUACAAGUACACGGAGAAAGUGGUCCCCUAGUUUAACUUUUUUAAGAUGAAUUUACUCCACAAAAGCAAAAUGAAAUGUUUUAUCUCUAUGUUGUUUACGUGCCUGAUUAGAAGGCAGAAGUAAAUUCAUCAUACAGACCCCAUCAAAAUGAAAGUACACGAAUGAAACGGAAUAAGUCUGGGACGGUUUAGUUUCUACUCAGCAGCUCCUUUGCUUUUAUAACAAAAAUUUAAUGUUGCAGUCUGUUUUAAACGUUGGCAUAUCAACGCGCACAGUCACUGAAUGAAAACAACAGUCACGAUCACGUUCUUCGAAACCGACCAGACGCGCGCGACCUACCACUGUUAUGGUAAGCAAUUAUCCUGAAGGUGUUAAUGUUCCCGUGACAGUCUUCGCACUAAAGGUGUAAAUGGUAAACCGAACGGUCGCUUUGAUCAUCAGAAAGACCUGUCAACUUUGAUGAUUUAACUGAUUAAAUUACGGGACAGAAAUUUUACUGCAUGCGGCUCCUCGUGACAAGAGACAACUGCAGAGCCAGUGCAAGAGAACCCCUCCGAACAGAGUGGUAGUGGAAGCAGUCAACAGGAAGGAGGAACGACAGCAGUGAAUUGUCAGGAAGUGGAUAUGCCAAGCCCGGCAGUCCAAGACACUUCUGUGCCAUCCAGUAGUUCCACAAGACCUAGUAGACCGAAAGGGACCAGGCGACGACCUGCAUACCUGAAUGACUUUAUUACUUGA